CGGAGCUGCGGGGAGGCAGCCGGCGAGCGCCGCUGCCAGCCAGUAGCGCCGGGAGUGCUGGGUCCGGAGAGCCGCGCGGGCGGAGGGUCCCAGGGCGGGCGCCGCGGGACCUCGCCGGGCCAUGGCACCCCCUGUCAAAGGGAAAAGGAAACAAUCAGAGGAGGGUGACCCCCUAGACCCACCUGAAUCUCCUAAACCUGAUGGUGAGCAGAGCAGGAGCCAGAGCCCCAUCCAACUGGAGGACUCCCCCGAGGCAGGCGGGGAGCGGGAGGAGGAGCAGGCCUUCCUGGUCAGCCUCUACAAGUUCAUGAAGGAGCGACACACACCCAUCGAGAGGGUGCCCCAUCUUGGCUUCAAACAGAUUAACCUGUGGAAAAUCUACAAGGCAGUAGAGAAGCUGGGAGCCUACGAGCUGGUGACAGGUCGCCGCCUCUGGAAGAACGUAUAUGAUGAGCUAGGGGGCAGCCCCGGCAGCACCAGCGCAGCCACCUGCACACGCCGCCACUAUGAGAGGCUGGUUCUCCCAUAUGUGCGGCACCUGAAGGGGGAGGAUGACAAGCCCCUGCCUCCCUCCAAGCCCAGGAAACAAUACAAGAUGGCCAAGGAGCAGCGAGGGGAUGACUUUGCCACCGCCACCGAAAGGCUGAAGAAGGUCAGGGAGGAGCAGCAGGUGGACCAGAUGAUGUCAGGAAAGACCAAAACAGAUGUCACAGAACCACCACCACUUUCCAGCCAGGAGCCCCCCAGGGACAGCACAGAACAGCUAGGCCCACCCUCUGGGCCCUCUCUUCCCUUUGUGGGUGCCAGUGGCUGCCCUGAGGCCUACAAGCGGCUCCUGUCCAGCUUCUGCAAAGGGACACAUGGCAUCAUGUCACCAUUGGCCAAAAAGAAGCUCCUGGCCCAAGUGAGCAAGGCAGAGGCCUUGCAGUGCCAGGAGGAGGGCUGUCGCCAUGGGGAGGGCAGCCCCAACAAGGAGCCCCAGGCAUCCGCAGCCAUUCACCCCACAAAGAGUCCCCGGAGCCCAGGAGGGCUGGCUGAGAAUUCCAGGUACCAGCUGACCCCUCAGGAGGGAUUGCAGCCCCCCAGCGGCAGCCUCAGGGAGGAGGCUCAGAUGGGCCCCUGCCCGGCAGCCCCCAUCUUCACAGGCUGUUUCCAUACCUGUCCCACCGAGGUCCUGAAGCCUGUCAGCCAGCACCCCCAGGACUUCUUCUCCAGGCUUAAAGAUGGGGUGCUCUUGGGGCCUCCCAGCAAAAAGGAGGGGCUGUCAGUCAAAGAGCCCAAGCUGGUAUGGGGCGGUGAUGCCAACCGCCCCUCUGCAUUCCACAGAGGCGGCUCCAGGAAGGGCAGCCUCUACCCCAAACCCAAAGCCUGCUGGGUAUCCCCCAUGGCCAAAGUUCCAGCUGAGAGCUCUGUUCCCCCACCCACCUUCCCCAGCAGCCCAGGCCUCAGCAAUAAGCGCAGCCUGGAGGAAGACAGCUUUGCCCAUGGUGGCAAAAAACUGCGUGCAGUGUCUCCCUUUCUUAAGGAAGUGGACGCCAAAGAGUGUGGGACCAAACCCGCAGGGCCUGGCCUGGCCGUCUCCUGCCUGCUGGGCCCUGCUCUGGGGCCUGCCCCCCCAGAAGCCUACAGGGGCACCAUGCUGCGCUGUCCACUGAACUUUGCCAGCACCCCAGACCCCUUAAAAGGCCAGACCACGCUCCCCUUCAGCCCCCUGGUCAUCCCGGCCUUCCCAGCCCACUUUCUGGCCACUACAGGCCCAUCACCUAUGGCCACUGGCCUGAUGCACUUUCCCCCUGCAUCCUUCAACAGUGCCCUCCGCCACAGACUUUGCCCAGCUUCGUCUGCCUGGCAUGCACCACCAGUCACAACCUAUGCAGCACCCCACUUCUUCCAUCUCAACACCAAGCUGUAGGUCACAGCAGACAGCGUUGUGAUGGGCUGCCCUGCAGAGGGUCUGCCAUGGCCUAGAAUGAGCAGGGACUCGGGUCAGGGCUAGAUCACACGAACCAAGAGCCCUGGGUCAUGCUGCUAGCCAGGCAGCCUGAUGUAAGGAGGAAGACAAUUGGAAAACAGUGUUGUCUCAAGGAGCUGCUUAGGAAAGAAGGUGCAGGAUUGGCAGCUGGGAGCUGGCUGGCAGCUCAGGCAUUCAAGUUACCCAUGGAAAGUCCAAUAAAAAGACACCAAUGUGAAUCUACCCACCUCCAACUUGUGCAUCAUGUGGACCUUUGAAAGGGCAGCUAAGACAGGACAAGCUUGUGGGUGGGGCUGCCAGUGGGGGAGUCAGGGAGAUAGACCUGAAGGCCCCAGCCCCUGAAGAGUGGGCCCAAAGCAAGCCUUAGCCUUCUGCUCAGGCUCUGCUCCAGUCCUGUUCCUUCAACCUGCUUUCCUAAUUAAGCUCUAGGCAGCUGCCUAUUGCCUUGUUAUGCAGAUGGGAGUCUGAGGCUCAGAGAGGGUAGAUGACUUUCCUAGAUUGCCCCAGCAGGCUAGGAGCAGGGUAGGCCAUAGACACAGUGUGACUCCAGUGUCCUCAGCUGAGCUACAGGACCCUGGGGCAUCAGGACAAGCCCUGUGGCUGUUACUAGAGCUCCAGGGAGUUGAGAGUGUGACUAGGAAGCCCAAGUUGGUGGACUUGUGGGGCUGCGUGAUCCUCUUGCCCAGCCAGGAAGGCCCACUGAAUGGGAAGAGCUGGGGGUAAAGGGAAUGAAAGGGCCAGUCUGGGCCUCAGCAUCUGCAUUAUAAAACAGGUCAGGAAGUGUCCAGGAGGCCCACACACAAGCCCUGCAGUCUGAUGCCCUCCUUCCUGCAGGCUCAGGUGGGGAGCAGGGGCCUGUCAGAGGUGUCCCUCCACAGGCAGCCUGUUCUCAGAGCAGCUUCACACCUGUCUCUGGGAAAGUGGGGCCACUGUUGGCCAAAUGCCAGGGCUGCAGGUGUCCCUUGUGCCACUAGAACUCACCCUGCCCUCAGAGGCUAUGGCUGCAGAGAUGCUUGUGACCUCAGGCCAUAGGAGGGACAAUCUAGUGUGACCUCCUUAGUUAAUGAGUGGGGAGAUCAAGGCCAGGGGUGGGAGGGGUCUUGCUAGCCCAGGGCCACCAUCCAGGAUACAGCCUAGGUUGGGGAACAUGCAACAUGCCUGGCACCAGGGAGUAAGGUGUGAGGGCAGAAAGGCCACCUUAUCCAGCCUCCUCCUCCAAGAACUGCCUGUGGAGGGGGCUGAGGCACAGGUGCUCUCCAAGUGAGGCCCCUGAUGGGGUGGGCAGGGAGUAGUGGUCCCCGCUGAUGUGAGCACUCUCAGCUCUGCAGGGGCAUCUCCAAUUUCCUGCUUCCAUUCUGAGAGAUUUCAAGAUGCCAGCCUGAGAAUCUGUGACUAGCCCUGAACUCCCAACCCCGCUCCCCCCCAACACACGCACACACAUCUGCGUGGAGCUCACCUCUUCAAGCCUCCAGAGCCCCUGUGAUUGAUGAAGAAUAAGGAAGGGACUGAGUUCUGCCCAGCCUGCUGACAAACACCCUGAGCACUGGGCUGUGGGUCAUUUGACCUGAUCUCCUGGACAGAGGGGAGGUGAGAGCUACCUGUUGUGAGCAGGAUUUUACCUGAGGCAGGGAGGAGUUGCUGGGUCCCCUUCAGCUGCAAAGCAACAUUGGUCUGGCCCUGGAACAAAGGUGGACAGGCGCCUGGCUCUAGGACUUGGGCGCAGAAGGCACAGCGCUGUGGUUGUGGCGCCCUCUGGAGGCCAGUCUGGAGAAUGCACCUUCCCUGUAGCAUGUCUCUGUCUUGGGCAGGGGCGCCACAGAAGAUGUUGCCUGUAGGUCAUGCUUCCUGGAAAACCUCUGGGGCUCUGGGCCUCGAAGCCCUGGUGUGCUAGCUUUACACAGUUCUCAUUCACUCCUCACGAUUCCCAGGAGAAGACACAGUGUGGUAGAGCCCAGCCAGUGCUGCUGUAAGCAAAGAGUGGGGAUGGGGACCAAGGUUUUGGAGGUCUGCGGUGAAGGGAGAAGGGGAACAACUGAGCUCACUGAGUGGAGCAAGCCCAAGGAGGGGAAGUGACUUGGAAAGCAAGAGGCUGAACUUGAGGUCAGUGGCUCAGGAGUCAGCGAUACCAGGCAGCCAGCUGGGUGCAGACUCAGCUGGAUGCCCCUGAGUGGGAGUUCAACCAGGGGCUGGUGCAGCAGAGAGGCACAGCAAUCUGAUGUGGGUGCAGGAAGCCACAGAGGGCUGUGGAAUCUAAGCCAGGGACGAGCUUAGGGACCAAGGGACUGCUGGGGAGAUCAGAGGGCUGGCUGAAGUCAUCACAGGUGUUGGGCAUGUUCAUAGGACUGAGUAGAGGAGGGGAGGCCAGGAGGUGAGGAGCCCAAGGAUCACCACACAUGAGGACAGCAAUGGUAUUGGGGAAGCAAGUAGGCCAGGGCCAGAGUGAUGGGGAGUGGAAAAGAAAGGCGCAGGGUGGCAACAGGCUAUGGCAGCAAGAAGAGCCUCACCUUCUUCCUUCAGAGCAGUGGAGAAAUGACUACACUGGAGGGGACUGCAUGGGUGUGGUCUGGGGAAGUGCCAGAGGGGCAGCCAGGAGCCCUGGCAGGUAAGUAAGAGAUGUCCAUGGCUUAGCAAAGACACAGACUCGAGAUCAGAGGCUGCUAACAGUGGGCUGAGAUGUUUAAAUGUUUUUUUAAAUAUAGUUGCUGGUAUUUAAAAAUCAGACUUCAUAUAGAAAAACUGAAUAUUAGUUUGCUGUAUAGAAAACAGAAUUUCUUCUGGCGGUGCCCAUAGCUCAGUGGCUAGAGCGCUGGCCACAUACACUGAGGCUGGCAGGUUGGUACCUGGCCCGGGCCAGCUAAAACAACAAUAACAACUGCAACAACAAAAAAGAGCUGGGCAUUGUGGCAAGUGCUUAUAGUCCCAGCUACUUGGGAGGCUGAGGCAAGAGAAUUGCUUAAGCCCAAGAGUUUGAGGUUGCUGUGAGCUGUGACGCCACAGCACUCUACCCAGGGUGACAGCUUGAGACUCUCAAAAAAAAACAAAAAAACACCAGAAUUUCUGACCACAUGGGACCACUUUCUGGGCCCGAGCAAUGGCUAUUGCUCCUUGGACAGGGAGACCAGCGCUCCUCCCCAAGCCAGAGGGACCCUGCCCUCCACCGCCUGCCACUGCUUGGACUCUUCCAAGGCUCCUUCCCAUCUUGGGGUUUUUUAGUGUGUCUGGGAUUCCCAUCACCUGUGGGCCUUGGCGCCCUGCCCUUGAGGGGACAAUGGACAGAAAGGAAAGAUCAAGAAGCUGGAAGCCAGAACACAAGCCCUUGAAGCCUGACUCCCCCACAUGGUUUGUGUAUCAGAGACUGUUCUUGGGCCUUUUACUUGAAAGCAACAGAAACAAACCCUGACUCUGGCAGGAGAGAGCCUGAGUAACUCACAGAGCUGCAGGAAGAGCUAAUGCCCAGACUAGGGCACUGGGGUGACCACAGACCACCCCCUCUCUGGGGCACUGCUAUUGAUGAGCUGGCCUAUGGGCAUCUCUUCCCAACUCUGCAUUCAAUGGUGCCUGCUAGGAGCUUGAAGUAGGCCAAGCAGGGAUAUCUACAC